GAGCCAACUGCGCCCUGUCACUGCUGAUUCUUCUGUGCUUGUUUUCAGGCGAACGCAAUGUGAUGGGGCUUCUGUCGAAUCUACUGUGACCAAUGAACGCGCCGCUGUCACAUCUGUCAAGCGCUUCUGACCAAUAGACAGCAGCGCGAGGCGGAUCUCAGGUGCGCGCCUCUGCGUCCUCGCGGCUCUGGCGCGCUGGGGAGCCGCCUGUGGCACAGAGUAGCUGUGGAAACUAUGGCGACCGCGGCGUCCAACCACUACAGCAUCCUCACGUCCAACUCGGAGCCCGGCAGCAUGCAGCAGACGCCGCCGCCGCCGGCCUACAGGGACGCGCACAGCCUUCUGCAGAGCGAGUACACCACACUGCAGAGCAGCGGGAGCACGCUCGGCCACGCGCACCAGUGGCUGACGGCGGCGCUGUCUCACGGGGGAGAGGGGUCGCCAUGGCCCGCCAGCCCGCUGGGCGAGCAGGACAUUAAGCCGGUGGAGGAGCUGCAGCAUUCGCCGAGACAGGCGCAUCUGGUGCAGCAAAGCCAGCAGCAUCACGAGGCGGGCGCUUGGCGCGCGACCACUAUGCCGAGCAUGAGCACCUCCAACGGGCAGAGCUUGAUCUACUCUCAGUCCGGGUACGGCGAACCGGGGAUGCACCACGAGGACCACCACAGCCCGCAUCUGAGCGAGCACGGCCACCCGCAGAGCCUGCACUCGGACGAGGACACGCCGACCUCGGACGACCUGGAGCAGUUCGCCAAGCAGUUCAAGCAGCGCCGGAUCAAGCUGGGUUUUACGCAGGCGGACGUGGGGCUCGCGCUGGGCACCCUUUACGGCAACGUCUUCUCCCAGACCACCAUCUGCAGGUUCGAGGCGCUCCAGCUGAGCUUCAAGAACAUGUGCAAACUCAAGCCCCUGCUGAACAAAUGGCUGGAGGAGGCGGACUCCACCUCAGGAAGUCCGACCAGCCUGGAUAAGAUUGCUGCGCAGGGGAGGAAGAGGAAAAAGCGGACCUCCAUCGAGGUGAGUGUCAAAGGGGCCCUGGAGAGCCAUUUCCUCAAGUGCCCGAAACCCGGUGCGUCGGAGAUCACUUCGCUGGCGGAUAGCCUGCAGCUGGAGAAGGAGGUUGUGCGGGUCUGGUUCUGCAACCGGCGGCAGAAGGAGAAGCGAAUGACGCCCCAAAACGGAGCGAUGGCCGGGAACGAGGAUGUGUACGGGGACGCCUCGCCUCACCACGGCGCGCAGACACCUGUUCCGUGAGAAAGGGGCGGCCUGAACAUAAUCGACUGUCUCUUUGUCCCGGUCACAAGCCCGCUCGGGGCGGACCGACGGUGAUGAAGUGUCUCUGUGUGUGGCACCUCCAAGGGCGCGGAGCGCGCGUGGUUGCGCGAACAAUUUACUGGCACGGGCGCAAGAAAACACGCUCUGAGUCGUUACGCGCCGCGGCUGAACCUAAAGAGGGAACGUAAAUAUUAUUUUAUUUAAGAUUUAUUUUCAAGUCCGGGGAUCUGUGAAAGCAUCAUAUCACUUCCAACCGAAAGCUGUGAAAAAAGGGUUCGGGGGCGCGCCAUCUUCCUCUCAUGACCACAAAAGGUUUAUUACGGAUUGAAAUUAAUCUGCUGCAGUCUACUGUGCAUUCUCUUACACAUACUAAUGGCAAAUGCUUCAUUAUUAUUAUUAUCAUUAUUAUUUCCGUCACGAUCACAAAAUGUUUAAUACUCAUUAAGAUUGUGUCUGCAUUUUAUUAGCCUUUAUGCCAAUAAAUAACCAAAUAAUAAUAAUAAUAAUAAUAAACUAAAUAUCUCUAAAUUAUUUAAAUAAAAAAAUCCUAACAUGCACAAUUAACAGCAACAAUAAUAAUAUUUAUUAUUAUACUUAACAUAAUGUGGCUAUAUGUUAACUUAUCUAAAAGUAUCACUGUUAAAUGCAAACGUGAUCAGUUCUUUAAAAGUCUCAUUUCGGUCACAACAAAGGCUGCCAAGUUCCGCUGUGUGUCGUUCACAGGCAAAGCAGGCCGAUUUCAUGCAGAUCACGGAUUCACUCUGCUGGUGCAAAACAGAGGCCUGAGGAAAACAGUAAAACCUAGAAGCGCACAGUGCUGUGGACCAUAUCGAAAUUUCUAUUUCUAUAAAUAAAAUUCAGUGAUACCAGCUCUUCAAAAGUAACCACCCAAUUGGGGGUUUCUUAACAUUUUGAGUGCAUUUUUAUGAUGCACCAAAAUUUGCACCAUGAUUUGAGACAGUGGCUUGUUUAUUAAGAUUUUAAUAAAUGUUUGUUUAUUAGGAAAUCUAAAAGAAACCAAAACGGACUCGUACAAUUUAUGAUAUUUUAUAUGAAAGAUAAAAACAAACCAAGCUUUUAAUUUAAUUUAAUUUAAUUUAAUUAUUUUGUCUGGAAACGCUUUAUAUGGAAAUGACAAGUUUUUAAAACAAUAUAAUAAUAAUAAUAAUAAUAAUAAUAAUAUAGAGGCUAGUUGUUCUUGCUUAUAAUUAACACAGAUCAAGAUUUUAAAACAACAAAGACAAUAUAAUAAUAAUGAUAAUAAUAAGAGGCCAGUUUUUCUUGCCCAUUAUGAUUAUAGCAUUGUGUGAAUUUGUGCGUCAACUAAAUGUAUAAGCCUCAUUAUGUUUGUAUCUGUUUGCUCUAUUGUGUUUCUUGUUCAUCCCAAAUAUGUCUCUUUUUUAACGAGAAAUAUUACACCAGCUGUGUCACAAUGAUUUGAUGGCCUGCAUCGAAAAACAAGGACAUUGUGCGUGGAUUUUUCAUUUGAAUUUUCUAUGGCUCUGUGAAUACUUGUAUAUUUGUGCACUUAACCUGACACUUCCAAAGCACAAGCUGUCACUGUGCCCUAUUGAGACCAGUAAUGUCUUUGGUUUUGACAGAAAAAUUGCACAGUUUUUAAACGCCUUUUGUCAUUAAAUGAAUACGUUUUUAUAUGAAGAA